AUUCUACUAAUUCUACUAAUUCUACUAAUUCUACAGAGAAAUCAAUUGAGGAUGAAUUGGCAACUUUAGACUCUGCCCAUACAGAUCAAUUUUUAGAAGAAUAUUUCCCAGCAGAAGCCCCUCUUACUACUAAUUCUACUAAUUCAAUUCCUGAACUAGAAAAUGAUGAUGACACUGACAAAGUCUAUGAAUCAUCUGAAGACGAGGAUGAAUUCUGGAGUGCCAUAUUAUCUGAAACUAAUAUUCCUGAACUGAUUUCUGAGCCAGAAAUUAUUGAACCAGUUACUGAGCCAGAAAUUAUUGAUUCAACUCCAGAACCAAUUCCUGAACCUAUUGUCUAUAUGGAUAAAAAACUUGAAGAAUUAUAUCAGGGCGUAAAAACUAAUUGGGAAGAAUGUGGUAAUGAUUCUGAAGAUUUUGAUUGGGGGUGUUUCAUCAAAGAAAUAAUAGAUCAUAAAAACCAUCCGCAAUAUGAUUAUCAGAAAGAUCUGUUCCAUUACAAACUCCAUAUGCAUAUCCAGGUUACAGAAACCUAUUAA